AUGGCAGGGGCACGACCGUCCAAGUCAACUAUCUGGCAAAUGCCGGCUAUUUUGUAUGGCACAGCAUGGAAAGAUACACGCACGACUGAGCUUGUUACUGCGGCUUUGGUGCAAGGUUUCCGAGGAGUCGAUACGGCCGGGCAGCGGAAGCAUUAUCGCGAGGACCUCGUGGGUGUCGGCUUGCGGGACGCGUAUGAACAGCUCGGCAUAUCUCGGUACGAUGUGUGGAUUCAGACAAAAUACACGCCCAUCUCGGGUCAGGACACACAUGGUUUCAUACCGUACGAUACCAACGCCCCAAUCGCGGACCAAGUGUUUCAAAGUUUCCGGAAUAGCAUUGCGCAAUUGCAUCAUGGGGAAGCAAUUCCUGAUAUUGCAGACUUAAUUGCAAAGUAUGCGGUAGAUGCAAGGAACGGGACCCCCGACCAAGCGCCACUGCAGCCCGUGUAUGUGGACAGCUACCUCUUGCACUCGCCGUUGGAGACAAUGCAAAGCACCCUUGAAGCAUGGCGCGUGCUCGAGGCACUGGUGGAUGUAGGUGUCGUGCGCGAAAUUGGAUUUAGUAACGUGUACGACCCUGAAAUCUACCAAGCCUUGUUCCAAGCCGCGCGAAUCAAGCCCUCCAUUUUGCAGAAUCGAUGGCACCAUUCUACCGGGCACGAUGUGUCGCUUUUGUCACUUCUGUCCCCACUUUUAUCCCCCAACGAUUUUCCGUUGUUAGACGGGGCGUUGCAACCACGGGGCAUCACGUACCAGCCUUUCUGGACACUAACGGGGAAUACACGUCUGCUUGAGUCGACUCCGGUGGCCAUUAUGGCAUCCAAGUACAACUUGACACCUUCGCAGGUUGUGUACGCGUUCGUGCACCAAGGCCUCGGGCUUCCUGGACUUUGCACCUGUGUGCUCAGUGGCACGAAGAAUGAGGAACACAUGCGAGAGGCGGUUCAAGCAGUGGAUUCGCCUCCUUGGACAAAAGAUGAGCUAGCUUCCCUGCGUAUAGAAGUCUAUGGUGAGUAG